CAAAUGAAAUGUUCGAAAGAUUCGAACUUCCCAUAAACCGUUAAACUCCGACCCGGAAGUACAUAGGCAGUCACACGUACGACAUGCUUGUUUUGAACGCAAUAAUACGACAAAAAAUAUCAAAGAUCGACAUUUUGGAGCAAAUAAUGAGUAAAAGAACACCAAGAAGACACCUGCUGUAAUCAACCUUUGAGGAAGUACAAGAAUGUCAGGGCUUAUGUUGAACCUGGUUUAUGAGCCUAGUAGUGGAGGCAAAUCAGAUAAAUCCAGAGGAAAUGCUAAGCAUGAGCGUUUCCUUGGAAGGAGACAUUACCUGGAGCACAAGGGUUUGUUAAAAGAGAAACAAAAUCAAAAGAGAAACAAAAAGAACAAGCAGAAAAAUAAAAAAAAGUUAUUAAACACGCAGCACAAUGGAGGCGAUCAGUCAAAACCAAGUGCUAUUUUUCCAAAAUUUACCUCUUAUCUGCCUAAUAAGACAAGUGAGCCUUCUAGUUCUGCGCAGACGUUUUCAAGGAAAUCCACAUUUUCAUUUCCUUCCACUGCCUCCACAUCUCAGAGGCAUCCGACAGACCAAGCGGCACCCCGCACACUCGGACCUUUAAAAUACGUGGCAAUGGACUGUGAGAUGGUGGGAACAGGACCGAAGGGGUGUCGCAAUGAACUCGCCCGCUGCAGUAUUGUAUCCUACGAGGGUGAUGUGAUUUAUGAUAAAUAUAUCAAACCCAUCUACCCAGUGACAGAUUUCCGCACUCGCUGGAGUGGAAUCAGGAGGCAGGACCUACUCCAUGCCAUACCCUUUGAUCAGGCACAGAAAGAGAUUGUGAAGAUAAUAACAGGGAAAGUGGUUGUGGGCCAUGCCAUCAAUAAUGACUUCAAGGCCUUAAAAUAUUUCCAUCCUGCUUGCCAAACACGAGAUACGGCACGGAUUCCACUGCUAAACCAGAAAGCUGGGCUGCCUGAGAAUGAAAUGGUGUCUCUGAAGAGGCUCACUAAGGCUAUUUUCAAAAAGGACAUACAGACAGGGAAGGGAGGCCACUCAUCAGUAGAAGAUGCCAAAGCCACCAUGGAACUGUACAAAGUAGUGGAAAGCAUGUGGGAGCAAAAACUCUCAGCUUCAGCUAAAGCAGUGGAUCUAGCUCUGAAUCAAAAAACAUAAGAGUUUUUUAAAGAAAAUAUUUUUUACUUCCCACCUUUUAUAUCAGCAAAACAUCUCAGCAGUGCUAGGUUUUAAAUUCCACUAGGGGGCUCUUCAGUUUCUGUAAAAGAAAAGUAUUUUAAGUAAAAUAUUUUGGUUUGUUGGCUAUUUAAAGUAAUUAGGUUGCAGAUAAUUAGACUUUAUGCUAACUGUACACAUGGUGUUUUGAGUUAUGUUCAGAAUUUUACAGAAAGUAAAAAAAAUAAUAAUAAUAAUUGCCCUCGCUGUUCCACUCUCCGGCUGUCUGUCUUUCUGAUGUCUUCUGAACAGGACGAGUCAGCAUUCCUCUUCUUCUAUGAAUUCAACACCAUCACAUGAAUAACUGUUCCUCCUGUAUUUAACUGUCCAAAUGAACAGGGCCUCAACUACCAUCCUUGAGAUUACAGUCAAAGUGUUUUUUCUUCCAAACCCACUCAAUCAUCAGUCAGUCUGUGUUUAAGAGUCCAGUCACACAACAUUGGUGAUGUUUGGGAAGCAGAUAGAUGUUUUUUGCCCACCAGUUUCCCAGCAGCUGAACAAGCUCGUAUUGGACUGAUUUUUAGUCUUACUUGGGAUUCUAUUUUGCAUAAUCAGAAGGUUUCAAUCUAACAAACUGUAGAACACAACCUGAUACUUGCAUUGCAUGCAGUAAUCUCCCUUUUUGCAUCUUUUUUGUAUGUUUAAGGAUAAUUAUUCUCUAAAAUAUGCUAAACUGAUUUAACAUAGAACAUUUAGGCCCACAUAUUUAGAGUUGCUGUAAAAACUUUUAGUGCAAAAGGGUUCUCUGAUGACAACUGUUAUAUAUUAUCUGUGAGGUUUGCCUCAGCCACCAGUGUCUUAUUCUAAAACAUGGAUGUUUUUGACAUUAUAGUUCAAGUCUGUAAUUUUUAUUGUUAAUCUUUGUAUCAUACCAACAUUAAGUUUGAUUGUGUCACCACAUUAAAAAUAAACCAGAUUGCCAUCAGCUCUUAA